AUGGUGGCCAAUCAGGAUUCCUCUCGGCUCGAUUCCGAUAUCGAGCUCCAGGACCAAAAUUCAAGGAGAAACUCUUAUGAACUUGAACAGGUGAACCAGUUUGCAAUUGACGAGGAAGAUGACAGCGAUUUGAUCUACCAUCCACGGCUACGGAAUAAACGGCUAUCUAGCCAUUCCGGUGACGUCUCGGGGCUUUCGCUUAAACAAAGAAUACGCCAUUCGUUGAGUCUUCCCCAUAACAGACGGAGACUCACCAUCUUCAGUAUCGUGAUUUUCGUGAUCUGGCUCGUUUUGUUGAUUUCCUUUGCCAACCAAGGGGCAUUUUCCAACGGGAACAAGCCUGUUCCUGUAGCAAAUGGAACCACUGGAAAUGCCGAUACCGACUCGAAUAAGCCACCACAAGACUCGACAGAGGAAUCUGCUAUCCAAGACUCGGACGAUAUCAAACCCAUGACCCUCGAAGCCGAAAGAAUGGGUUCUUUCUACGUGUUUAGAUACAGUCUAGAUUUCCUUGAUAUCCCUGGCUUGGACUUCGACCAAGACGAAGGUCUAUAUUUACAUACUGCAGGGUCCAUUCAUUUUCUAAGAAAAGCAUCCGAUCCCGAGUACAAUGCUAAAUUAUACGAAAUGAACGAGGUUCAACAGGAUGGACGUUCGCAUCAUCUCUCAUUCGUGGAAGUCAGCUCCCAGCUUAAGAAAGUCCUGUUAGUCUCCGAGCAGACUGCAGAAUGGAGACAUUCGAGCUACGGUGUUUACUGGAUUUUGGAUAUCGAAUCAGGCGAAAUCACUCCUUUGUAUAAAAAGGACGACAAGCUGGUCCAGCUCAGUUUUGCGCAGUUUUCUCCGCUCGGAAACUAUAUCACAUUCGUUUACGAAAACAACAUCUACCUUUUGAAUUUAAAGACUAGCGAAAUAAUCCAGGUGACAAAAGACGGCAGCUCUUCAAUUUUCAACGGAAAGCCAGACUGGGUGUAUGAGGAGGAGGUUCUGGGCAGCGAUCGUGCUAUUUACUGGUGUCCUGACGAGUCUCAUUUUGCGUUCAUAAAAUUCGAUGACUCUAAGGUUCCUGAAUACGACUUGGAGUUCUUCAAAGAUGGAAAGUACCCAGUCACAGAGAAGCUCAAGUAUCCAAAACCCGGUUACGACAAUCCAAUUGCAAGCGUUUUUGUGUAUUCGCCUGAAUCCAAGUCGUCAGUGGAAGUCAAACAUGAAGGAACCAAGCUGGGCUUUGAUUUUGUCGUUUAUCAAGUGGCAUGGAUCAAUGCAAAUGAGCUGCUAGUCAAAGAAACUGACAGGACCAGUAGAAAUGUUGAUGUCAGAGUGUUCAAGACCGAGGAUGGUUCGUCUACCGUGGUUCGCUCGUACAACACUAAUGACUAUGAGGGAUGGUAUGUCAAUAACGGCGACAUAUUUGUGGUCCCAACAGGUGGAUACAUUGAUACAGUAGUUGACAACUACCGAGACCAUUUGGCAUACUUUGAGUCUGCGACAUCAGCAGAACCAAAAAUUAUUACGACUGGCGAUUGGGACGUUGUUGAUGGUGUUGCAGGGUAUGGCAAGGCUGACAAAACUGUCUACUUCAUUGGAACUGCUGGAAACGCUCUGGAACACCAGAUUUAUCAGGUGAAACUUGACGGCAGCGACUUGCGCAAUCUCACUAAUGUGGAGGACAUCAGUUCGUACAGUCUCAGUGUUUCAAGUGCGGGAAAAUACGGCUUUGUUCAGUACAAGGGUCCAAAUCUGCCAACCGACAAGAUUGUCACCAUGAGCACUUUCUCCGAGACAAACGAGGAGUACGUCAACUCGAAGAAUUUAAACACCGCAAAGCUGGUUGCGGACGACUUGCAACACUAUCAGGUUCCACUGAAGGAGUACAAGACGGUUACAUUGGAAGAUGGAACCACCAUCGACGUGAUCGAAGUCAAACCAUACAAUUUCAAUCCGGAAAACAAGUAUCCUGUGUUGGUGAGUGUUUACGGUGGACCCGGAGCUCAGAAACUGAGCGCGUCGUUUGGGUAUGGUUUUGAAGAGGUGUCUGUGUCUGGUUUGGAGAUUGUUGUUUGGUACAUCGAUCCAAGAGGCACUGGUGGCAGAGGAUGGAAGUACAAGUCUUUUGCCAAGGACAAGAUCGGGUAUUGGGAACCACGGGAUAUUGUGGAGACUGCACAACGUCUUAUUGAGCAGACCGACUAUAUCGACAUGGAUCUGACAGCUAUCUGGGGAUGGUCGUAUGGAGGCUUUACCACUUUGAAAACGUUGGAGUACGACGCAGGCACAACUUUCAAGUACGGAAUGGCGGUUGCUCCAGUUACCAAUUGGGAGCUGUACGACUCGAUCUACACGGAGAGGUAUAUGGGAAAGCCUCCAGAGAACGGAAACUAUGAGAGUGUUUCGAAGAUUGUCGACGUGAACGGAUUCAAACAAGUCACCCGAUUUUUGGUGAUGCACGGGACGGCAGACGACAAUGUGCAUUUCCAAAACACGCUGCACCUAUUGGACGAAUUCGACAAGAACGGCGUUGAAAACUACGACAUGCAUGUGUUCCCAGACUCCAACCACAACAUCGCCCACAACAACGCCAACACCAUAGUGUAUGAUAAGCUCUACAGCUGGUUAAAGGCAGCUUUUGACCGCAAGUUCACCAGCCUAUAG